AGAAAAUAUAAAAAUGACUUUAAGGUGAUACAAACUCUGUAAUAAGAAUUUGAGAAUGUGUUUGUCAGCAUGAAUGUUAAAACUCCUAAAUUUUGAAUCCAGAAAUAUCAAAAACAAAAGUAUUAAACUGGAUGGAUAAACUAAAAUAUCUUUUCCCAAAGAACAGACUCUCAAAGACUUUGUUAUAAUUGGAUUGAUGAAUUGUGGAGAAAACUGAGACUUCCCAAUCAGUAGCCUGUUCAAAGCAUAAAUGAUGGCAUGCACCACCAGUGCCUAAACUAGUUAAUGUCUAUAAAACUGGCAUGCAGACUUAGAAUAAAAGUUUGUA